GGAAGCAACUAGCAGCAGUUUAGAGUGGCACGCCACAUGAAAGAGGGAGAGUCAGCACUUGUGAGAGAGUUCUGAGUUAGAGCUGGAACAAUGUGAAAACAAGGUUUGUCUUAUGUAAUCAUUCGAGGGUUUUAAAGAAAAAGGAGCUUUUAAAGAAGGACGAGUUCGUGGUGGAACAACCUCAGGUUAAGUCAAAUCCAGAAGUGUUUUAGUUGAGUUAACAGAAGAAGAGAGUCGCCUCAUGAAUCCCAUUUCCUGAACAUGAGGUUUGGACUUUGAGCCGUUUGCAGACAGAGGGGGAGCGAUGACCGAACACCUGCUGAAAAUCCUGGUUGUUGGGGAUGGAAAUGUUGGGAAAACUUCCUUUGUUCAAAGAUACGUCAACGGACAGUUCAACAAGUCGUACAAGAUGACGGUGGGAGUGGAUUUCUCCGUCAAGCUGGUGCAGUGGUCGGACACCGAGAAGGUCCGGCUCCAGCUGUGGGACAUCGCAGGCCAGGAGCGUUUCAUAUCCAUGACCAGGAUCUAUUAUAAGGGCGCGUUGGGCUGUGUGGUGAUGUUUGACGUCACCAGCUCGUCCAGCUUCCUCAGCUGUCGCCAUUGGAAACAGGAUUUGGACAGUAAGGCCACGCUGCCCAACGGACACUCCAUCCCUUGCAUCCUGUUGGCCAACAAGUGUGACCUGGCUCAGAGGGUCGUGUCCGCUGAAAGCAUCAACAGGUUCAGUAAGGCCAAUGGCUUCCUUACAUGGAUGGAGACUUCAGUCAAAGACAACAAGAACGUGGGAGAGGCCAUGAGGAGGUUGGUGCAGGAGGCUUUGUCGGUUCAGUCCAGUCUGGACUCGUCUCAAACUGAACCCCAAGACUCAGAUCUCCUUCAGCUGGACUCAGAGGACAACAGCAGUGGAGCAAGAUGCUGCUGAAAAAACACAAACACAGCCAGGAGCUAAUCAAUGGACUGACUUACUGAGAGAGGAAAAACGAUGAGGAUGAAGAAGAGAGGGAUGAAGAGGAGCAGAAGGAGCAGAGGGGAAGGUGUGUGUGCGCUUGCCAACGAGGUGCGGAGCGUGCUCAGUGCAGCCGCCACGCACCCUCCUCCAGCAGGCUGAGUCAGGCAGACACAUGGCAUCCUCGUGCAAACGGUGUGUAGGGGGGGAUGUUGCAUGUGUGUGUGAGAUGAAGCUCCCACAUGACAUGCAAAGUGGAGUUUUAAAAAUUGAGCGAUGAAGCGGUCUAUAGUAUUGUCAGAGCAACUUUGAUAAACUGCACAAUCCUGAGACUAACACAGAGAUGAAGCAGAAGGCAACUCAGCCGCUCCACAAAUAAUAUAAUACUAACAAACUUUAUUUUUAUAACACUUUUCAAAUCAGGGUAACAAAGUGCUCUUUGUAAGAGCAAAAUAAAAGAUAGAGACGUGUGAGGAAGGCAAUGAUUCAUAAUAAAAAACAAAAUAGUGAGAGAUAAAAGAGCACGAGUUCCACAAAUCCCCUACAAGCACAUCUUUAAAAAUGUGUUUUUAAAAGAGGUCGUUCCAGAGGGUCGGGGGUCCCUGAUGGAGAAGGCCCGGUCACCUUUGGUCUUCAACCUCGAUUGUGGAAUGGCGAGCAGAGCCUUGGCCGAGGAGCUGAGGUUAUGAACGGGUAUAUAAGAGGUGAGGAGAUCAGAGAUAUGUACUUCGGUGCAAGUCCAGAGCGUGCUUUAUAAGUUAACAAUAAAAUCCUAAAAUCUGUAUUGGGAGCCAAUGAAGGGACGCUAAAACAGGAGGGAUGUGGUCUCUCAAUGGAGGUCGGCGCUCUCAGAGAAGGCCCUUAGAUGUUCAUAUUCUGAUUGGACACGCCCCCUGCUUUGGAUCCCGUCUGAGAGAAGGAGUCCAUUGAUUUAUAUUAAUAAUACAAACAUAUCUGUCUGACCAAAUUGUCAUGAGCUUAUAUCGACAUUUUCCUUUUUUCUGAAGUCCUGAAUGUACACCGCACAGAAACAUGACGGUGUUGUGAAUAAAUUAGCGAUACUAUUCCUAUAUGUUCUGUGCAGUUUCUUGAAGGCAGAUGGCUCCAGAUAAAUGUGAUAACCGCGUCCGCCAACGCUGCCGUGGAGACGAAGUCUGUCAGGACAGCAAAUCAGAGAACACUCUGUCAUUACCAUCAGGAACAUGACACACACCUCAGUCGCUGCAGAAUUAAUCUAACACAAUUUGAAAGCGAACAUAUUCUAACCGCUGAAUUUGAUUAAUUAAUUUCCACUUCAAUCAAGAACGAAAUAGCAACAGUUCUUGUUUGUUUGAAGUUUACAUCUAUAUACUGUUUAUAUAUGAAAACUUCAAGCUGGAAUAAAAUGUGAAAUUUCCAACCA